CCACCGCACAUCGUCUUGUUUGUCCCUUCACGGCUUCCUGACACAGCGUGGAUUUCAAUGACACUGAUCUUACAUGAGCCCGUUCACUUACACAGGGUGUGAUGAUGUCGUUAACCUUUCUAUUCAGAAGAGUAGCUCGUGAUGUUACGAAGGUCAGCCUGUGCCAACAUGUACAGUCCUUACACAGCGGCUGUCAGCUCCUGGCUGUAGACAAAGCCCUCCUGAUGAAACUGAGGAAAAACACCGGCUACACUUUCAUUAACUGCAAGAAAGCACUGGAGAAGUUUGAUUAUGACAUAACACAGGCAGAGACCUGGCUAGACGAGCAGGCUCAGAAGGAGGGCUGGAGCAAAGCAAACAAACUGGAGGGCCGCAAGGCCAAAGAGGGUCUGAUCGGUCUGUUUAUAAGAGAUAAAGCUGCAGUUAUGGUGGAGGUGAACUGUGAGACAGACUUUGUUGCUCGCAAUGAGAAGUUCCAGCAGCUGGUUAAAGAUGUGGCAUUUGCCACCUUGGCUCACCAUCAGAAUAAAACCAAAAGCCAGACAGGAUAUAUCAAGAGUGUCCUGCCAGGAGAAGAGUUGAGUAAACUCAGUGCGAAUGAAGGAGCUUCACUUGCAGACCAGGUGGCUCUAACCAUAGGUCGCCUUGGCGAGAACAUGUCAGUGAAACGGGCGGUGACGGUUGGUGUCCCUGCUGAGUGGCACAUCGGGUCGUAUGUGCACGGCGGUGUGAGCAGCCAGACUGAGGUGGCCAUGGGGAGGUACGGUGCCCUGAUCGUAUUCCAGGGUGGAAAGGAGGCAGACCGUGAAACCCUAGGUCGGAAGCUGGGACAGCACAUAGUGGGAGAGGCCCCUGUGUCCCUGGGCAACAUGGAUGACCUGCCCUGCGGGGAAAGCGAGACACGUCUGCUGCCUCAGACCUUUCAGGGAGACCCAAGCAGGACAGUAGCACAGUUCCUCAGGGGUCAACAGGCUCGGGUGUUAGACUUUGUCCGAUUUCAGUGUGGAGAGGCAGCCAGUGAGAAAACAGAAUGAGAGGAGGGAAAUUAUUUAUCCAAUGGGAUUUGUCCUGUGUCUUUAUUUCAUAUGAAAAGUGUCAAUUUACCAUUAAACAUUCAGACAGUCACAGAUUAUCACCAUGCAUUUAAAAGAACUACAACCAUUGUAACAAACAGUUCAUCAAUAAAAUGUUUUUAAUGAAAA